AUGUCCUCCUCAUCCAAACCGAAAUCCAAACAAUCCAGCGCGCCCUCCGGCCUAACCCGCCAAUACCUCCUCUUCUACAACGCCGCAAACUUCUUCCUCUGGAGCACGCUCACCUUCCGCACACUCAGACUCCUUCUGAACCAAUUCGUCGCCGAUGGCCGAAACCCGCUCGCGCUCGACGUCGACGUUCCCGCCGUCUUCGCCGAUACCUAUUCACCGCUGCUGCAGAUAACGCAGUCCCUCGCGCUGUUGGAGAUCCUGCACUCGCUCGUCGGCAUUGUGCGCGCCCCUGUCGUGACGACGGUAAUGCAGGUUGCCAGUCGGCUGUUUGUGGUUUGGGCCGUUCUGUACCCGUUCCAUGGCGGUAUUGUUGGUCAGGAUAAGGUUGGCGAGUUGGGAUACAUUGGAUGCUUGGUUGCUUGGGGCAUCACGGAGUGUAUCCGCUAUGGGUUCUUUGUUAUGCAGGUCAAUGGGGGUGUUGAGACCGUGCCGAAGUGGUGGCAGUGGUUGAGGUACAACACGUUCUAUGUCCUCUACCCUGUUGGAAUCAGCAGCGAGUGCAUUCUGUCGUACAAAGCGCUGAGUUCCGCGAAAGAGUUUCACCCGCUCUACUGGUGGUUUAUUGUUGCUGUUUUGGCGAUCUACGUUCCUGGUUCGUAUGUGCUGUACACGCACAUGAUUCGGCAGAGACGCAAGACCGCUGGUAAGAAGGAGGGUAAGAAGGAGUAA